AUGAGGAAGAUGCUAUAUCCCUGUUCUAAAUGCAGGAAAUGUUUUCUCAGACAAAAUUUGACUUUACAUAUACAUCAGAGAUCUUACACGGGGGAGAAAUUGCAUACCUGUCCGGAGUGCGGGAAAUGUUUUUCAUUGAAGCCCAGUCUUCACACACAUCAGAGAUCUUACACGGAAGAGAAAUUGUAUAACUGUUCGGAGUGUGGGAAAUGUUUUUCAGAGAAGCCCUUUUCUUCAUAUAUGACAGAGAUCUCAUACGGGGGAAAAGCCGCCUUGGGGACAAGACGGUGA